GGCCACUUUCCCCACCUCCCCCGCUGCAAUACGCGUUCCAUCCAACGGCCCAUCUUCCCUCACUCUACUCUUUCCAACAAACUUCAUCUCUAUUUCUACCUCACAACUCCUCAAAAACACCUUUCAUAUUUCUUCAUUCCGACACACCUUGAUCCAUCCGGAUACGUUUUAACUUUUUAAAUGUAUUGUUCUGCUUUUGUCAUGCAUGAUUUGAUCAUCAGAUCUUUUAGAUUGUUUCUGAAUUUAGUGUGUUAAUAUUAUUGAUCUAACACAGUCUCAAUCGUUCGGGCUGAACCGACCCAGGUUUGCUAACCGAUUCGGCUCCGGUUGUUUAUUUUAAAUGUUAAGAAUGUAAAAGGUUUACGAUUUUGUUUAAAUUAAAUAGUUAUUGUCAGUAGCAAGUCUCAUUCUUCAAGUGGAUUUUGAAUCAUGUCAAUUUGAGUGUUAAAUGGCUCGUUUGACUUUGACUAUUACAGUCGAAAGUCUUUCUUCAUCGGAAUGAUCUUUCUCUUUCUUCCCAAUCCUCGGGGGACUAUGAUGCACGUUGCACUAGGAUUUUCUUGUUGAAUCGCCGUAGUCGUUAUUGUGGCUCAUUUAAGUUUUGUCAAUGGGUCAGGCGGGUUAUGUUCCAUCUUGGAAUGGGUACUUGAAAUUUUUUUUUUGGCUAUAUAAGGGUCAAAUGGGUCAAAAGUUUCUUAAACCUCGUAGGUGUAUUUUAUGGCAUACAAUGUCCUGAAUUGUGCUUAUAUAAUUUUUGUAACUGUAUCCAACACAUUAUAUUUAUAAAAUUAGAUAAAUUGAAGAAAGCGCAUAAUGCAUGAUGCGCCCGUUGCACUGAUGAGAGUGCACCGCCACAACUGUUGUGUUGCGUUUUUGUGAUGUGAGGAUAUUGCGCAACACGCUCUGAUGCACGCAACAUUGUUAGUUUUUUUAGAGUUUUUGAAAUGGGUUGGGUUUUUUUUCAGUAAUUAAUAUCUUAGUAUGCUUGAUUUGGACCAUUAUGGUUCCUAAACAACUUUUUUUUGUGAUUCUAGAAAGAUUUUAGUUUGCUUGAGUUGUUUUAGUUUCAUUAUGUUUUAUAAGUUGUGUAUAAUUAAUUUUUGGUAUUUUUUUAUAAAGAGUGCGUCGCAUACAUGAUGCACUCACAUCGUGCAUCACGCAUCAGAUUUUGGACCAAACGCAUCGGAGCACAUCACGCAAUUUAAAACCAAGGGUUAACUUAACCUGACCUACACAAAAUUACUUUUUCGACUUGAACAUGUUCCGACGCACCCAUUUUGGCACCUCUAUCGACUCAUGAUUGUUUGAAAUUAUGGAUGUGUGAAUUAAUGAUUCUUUCGUAUAACUUUUUCUAUACAGGCUGAAUAUUUCCGUCAGUUGCUCAAACCCAUUACGUAGUCUGUUAGGAGUUGUCAUCCUCGUUAAUUGUUUGAUUACUAGACGGUAUUGAUAUUGUCUGUUGGCUGCUGAUAGUUACUGAUAGUUAGUAGUAUAAACCGUACACGGAAAAAAUGGAAAUAACAUAGGGCACCAUUUGCUCUUUUCAUUGCCUUUAGAAUUCUCUUUUUAUAUUUAAAGAAGCCUGCUCUCUUAUGAAAGAAGAUUCAGCAGAUAUUGAUUUAUUAUUAAGUUUUGAAGAGGAAGAAUAUGAAGAAGAGGAGCUUAGUUCUGCACGAACAACACAUGGAAAUGACAAUGCUGAUACUGCAGAUUCUUGUUCUUUGAAGCCUAGAAAAACGAAGCUGGGUUUAUCGUCAUCUUCCCACAAGUCACGCGGUAGUUGUGAAGGAAAGUGUGAUAAAAUCAGGAAAACGGUGAACUCGUUACGAGGAAUUGUGCCAGGUGGAAAUUGUAUGGAUACAAUCGCUGUUUUUGAUGAGGCGAUUAAGUAUCUCAAGUCAGGUUUUGCGUGCUUGUGAGGCAGCCCUGGUCAUGAAAUGCUUAUUAUUGGAGGUUAGUCAACGGACCGUUUUUGUCUUGACUUGUUUAACCCAUUUAAGUAAGCAAAUUGUCUACUGGGUUAGCUUGGGAUGCUCUUCGAAGCCGUGGC